GAAAAGAAUGAGAGGUACAUGCUCCUGUUCCCCCAUGUAUUGCUGAUGUUGUCAGCCAGUCCCAGGAUGAGUGGCUUCAUUUACCAGGGUAAACUGCCAUUAACAGGAAUGACAAUCUUGAAACUAGAAGACAGUGAAACCAACAAGAAUGCUUUUGAAAUUUCAGGAAAUAUGAUAGAACGGAUAGUAGUGACCUGCAACAAUCAGGAGGAUCUGCAUGACUGGGUAGAUCAUCUCCACAGACAGGCUAAAUUCGCUAGUAUAGGAACCCCUACUAUAAAGCCACUGUCUGUACCGUGUCACACACUCCCUUCACAUCCGGUAACACCAUCCAGCAGGCAUUCAGAGAACAGGCCAGCGACGGGGACUCCUGCCUACCACACCCUCCCCCACCCCUCCUCUCACGGGACCCCUCACAGCACAAUCUUCUUGCCAAUUUGGAUUUUGGAAAAAAAUUAG